AUGAAAGAAAAAGAAAAGGGAAGAGAAAGGGAUGGGCACGGUGUCGAAGAUGCGGGCGAGGCGGUUCAGAUCUGGGACAGGGAGUGUCUCAGCGGUGGGCUCGAGCAGGCUUUUGUGACAGACAGCUCUUUAGUUAGAAACCCGGUGUUCCGCACUGAGAUCGUGACUAACGCGGAUUUAUUUCGAGAUGGACAUUAUCAGCAAGAAAGGCAAAUAAAAAGAGAGAAAGGUGCGGCGGGUAUUUGGCCUAUUCUGCAUGCGCUGCGCGAGGGUGUGAUGGGAUUUGAUAGAACACCCGGGGGUUGCUGGGCCAAUGAAGGCUCGUCGUUGCCAACCGGGCCAGCCAGGUUCAACACGGACACGGCCGCUCGCACCGUCGAACGUGCAGCAUCGGGUGUAACAGCGCAGUCCACUUUGCUGCGGCGGCGUUGA